AUGGAUACCCAUGUUCAUUCAACUUCCCCUCCUACCCUUCUGCCUCAGGAGCGACUAGAUCAUCUUUCUCGCUCUCCUCUUCCCCUUCAAAACUCUAGCAUCGUCCAUGGAGCAUCUGGGGCUCUUCCACAGGCCUCUUCGUUCCCUUCUUCGUUUUCGUCUUACUAUCCCCAUUCUUCGUUUCCUUCUUCUUCGUUUCCUUCUUCUUCGUGUCCCCCUGCUCCGGCAUCUCCCUCACCCCUGACGUUGCGCGACUUUCUUCAGCUUCUCGGCGAGAGCGUCGCCGUCCUGGAGGGUUUGCGGCUGUUGCUUUUGCAGCUGCUUCAGUGGGGCGGGGAGGUCGGCAGUGUAGUCCGAGCGUCCACGUUUCUCCACAAAUUGUUGGCUUUUCUUUUCCGCGUCCUUCGCCUUCUCCUGUCUCCGCUUUCGGCGGCAUUCCACCUGCUCGCUUCUCCCCGGCAUGCGAAGCGGGAGGAAGGGGACGGCCGAAACCGCGAGCGCAUCCCGCCUCCGUUGGGCAACCGUGGACCCAGAAGCCUAGGCGCCGUCGACCGAGGCACUUUAGCUGACGCUGAGCCGUAUUCUGCCUCCCUGGUCAACACAUUUCAUAACGCGUGGCGAUCGGCUAGAGAAGGUGCUCAGACAGCCGGGGGGACCUACCCGAUCAGCCUCGGCUGGUCGGCGCCCGGGUUUGCGGAAGACAAAGCCCUCCGUGUCGCGCCCCAUCUUCACGGAAAACCUGGUUCCCACUUGCAGGCAAGUGCCUCGAAACCAAUCCCGGAGAAAGGCUUGCUUUCUCGACUUAGAGGUCAAACGUCGUGGGCGGCGCUCGCUCGGGUGUGGCGAGGUCGGCGAGGCGUGGUAAUCUACGCUGCGAUCGUCUUCGGUCUUGCCUGCAAACUGCGCUCGCUCUGGAAGAAGUACAGUGUCCCGCACCUGCUCUGCCGGCACGACUUCGGCGAAGCUGUUCUCGAGGAGAAGCGCUUCGAUGCCUGCCCGAAGAGUUACGUGCGUGUGCGAGUUUUUUCUUCUCUCGCGUUCUGGACUCUAGCUUUGUGCGCUGCCGGAAGUGCGUCUUCUUCCUUCGCAUCGUCCUCGACUAUGUCGACAACGCCUGGGGCUGUGGAAGAGGGUGAAAGUGGAAGGCCUUUGAAGGCACAUGAUGCUGACCAGGAGCGGCGCGUGCCAGAUGAAAAGUUGUCUUGGUCUACUUGCAAACCGCACCAUGCCGCGGAUCAAUUCUCGUCUGCCGAAAACAAACAUAAACUGUGGACCGGCAUCGACCUCGGCGAAACCUCGCUCGCCCUCUCGUGCUUGCCCGAACGGCGGUCCUCAACUACCACAGGCAGCAACGGAGAAGAGGAGAAGGAAGAGGAAGAAGAAGAAAGAGACGGAGGAGAAGAAGAAGAAGGAGACGAGAAGGAAGAGCUAGAAGAGAAGGGCGGGAAAGAGGAAACAGGGGGAUCCCGUCUGCAUAUUUUGGCGUGUGACGAGUUGGAUGCUCUCCACCUGGGUCAAACGAAACUGACGACGCGUUUGGCCUUUCAAGCCUCCUCUUUGUUCCCAUCUUUGUCUUCCUCUGCAUCCUCUUCGUCAUCGUUUGCAUCUUCGUCCUCUCCUUCUAAGUGGCUUCUUCCGGCUGCGCUUCAGUCGUCGCCAGAGAACGCCCCACCUGAGAACCUCCCUGGAGGCGCCGCGAAGAGAGUGUUCGAGUCCAAAAGUGAGGCUUCGGGUGUCCGUACGCGUCCGUUCGGAGCGCGAGAGAAACGAACAACACCGGCGUUUGACGUCAACCCGUUUUUAGGUUUGCUCUCGAACUCUGAUCCUGGGGUGACGCCGGCGAUGCAAGAAGAGCGCGAGGACGCGUUUGCUUCUUCACAUCCGCUCAUGAACCGGGCAAUUCAACAAACGUCUCAAACAAGAGAUUCAGCCGGGCACGACCAGCCAGGCGACGAGAGUGAAGGUUUCUCUAAGUCCUCGGUUCCUGCACUCUCCCACCAUGUCCAACACUCGUUGCCGCUACCACAAAAAUCUCCUCACGCCUUGACAUCGCCCUCUUCUUUUGCUCCUUCCUCCUCCUCUUCGUCUUACCCUGCGUCUUCGUCUACCUCGUUUCUUCCACUGACUCUUCCUCACACGCCUCUUCCGUCGGUUCUCCCUCUCGCUGCGUUCCUCCCUCCAUCCUUCCCAGGACAGCCUUGUCCCUCUGCACGUCCAGGUGCUGACUCUGUCCUGGGAGAACACCAGAGAAACGGAGACACUCUGCCGCGCCUUAUAUUCGGCGAAACCCCGGGGUCUCCAGGCCGCAGCCUUCCAGAGAAGCUUGCGACAUCUGAUCGUUCUCUGGAAAGAUACACCGUUCCUGCUGCACAACGCCGAAAGCUGCAGAAAGGAGACGGCGAAGGGAAAGGCGCUUUCGACGCGGAGCGGUGUGACCCGCGAGCCGAAGGGGCGAGUUUGCGUCGCCAGGAGACAGUGAGGAAGUCUUGUCGAAAACGCGGCGAAAACCGAAUCGAAAACGUGGAUCCCAGCGCGUCCGCAGGGCGGCCUCGACGUCACGAGGAGCAGAGGAACAGGCGUCUCUACCAGACGGGCAAAUGUGAAAAUCCGGAUCUGCGGGCGAGAGCCAAGGCAAUCUGGCUGUCCCAGCAAGAGGAUCUGAAGACCAUAUUGGGUGUACAUUCACCCCGGCAGGGAAGCCGAGACUUCCGCCGUGUGCGUUGA